AUCUUAUUAGGUGUUAUAUUUAUUAAUUGUUUCAGUCCCUUCGGUGACCCUCAGGAGGCUUGUGCCUCGAAAUCAAGGCCUAAACUAUGUAAUCACCGAAGGAGGCCUGGCACGCUUUCGUCCCAUCGCAAUAGGAUGUUUCUCUCCUCUCUCAAUCAAACUUGUCUAAACAAUAUUCCAUCUCAAUCUCAACCUCAAAUGAUGAUACCAUUCACACUUUUAUUCUCAUUAUAAACCGUCACCGACGAUCAGGAAUCGUCUCAAUCGAUCUGUCUGACAUUAAUCAAUCGAUAACUAUUAGGUCUCAAGAAAGAUGACAAGGCCUUCAAGUCGGAGGCGGCCUAACACCUCCUUCCGUAAUUUUAUGUCAAUGAACAAAGGUAUGAGGUGCAAGGAACAGCCUCGGCUUAUCACCAAAGCUACGAGGAUAUCAGUCACAUUCUUACUGAUUGAAGGGGUUUGGGUGACUUAAAAUUGGUUGAGUGUGUGUUGGGAUCUGGGAAUGUAAUAUUAUUGAAUGUCAAACUGUUCCCUUCAUCAGUGCUAUCUUCCUGCUCGAAGUUCUUUCUUUCAUUUCAAAAACUCAAUCGUCAAACCUUGAUUUCUAUAUGCCACCAAAUCUCACUAUGUCUUCGCAAGCCGAGACCAAGACUAGAGCUACGAUUUUCUCCCCCCGAAUGUCGAGAAAACCUCCCUUCACAGCAGAAGUACAAGGAGUUCCACAGGUGUCGGGUGAGACUAUCCCUCGUCGUAAUAUCCGAUAUCCUGAUCUUCUUUCCCAACCAGAAUCAGGUAUCGAGACAGUAUUCGAUAUCAUACAACGGAGUUCUCGUCGCUUUGGCGAUGCACGAGCGCUGGGAACUAGAAAACUUAUCAAGAAACAUGAGGAGACGAAAAAGAUAAAGAAGAUCAUCAAUGGGCAAACACAGGAGGUAGAUAAAGUCUGGACUUAUUUUGAGAUGAGUGGGUAUGAAUAUCUAAGUUUCAAGGAGUAUGAAGCAGCGGUAUUGAGCGUGGGAGCGGGGUUGAGGAAACUUGGAUUGGUUAAGGAUGAUCGAGUUCAUCUUUUUGCAAAAACGAGUGCCCACUGGCUGUCAAUCGCUCAUGGUUCCAUGUCCCAAUCCAUGCCAAUCGUCACUGCAUACGAUACUCUUGGUGUCGAAGGACUCCGUCAUUCUCUCAUUCAAACGAAAGCCAAGGCCAUUUUCUUAGAACCACAACUUCUGAAAACUCUACUUGAUUCUCUUGAAGACUUAAAGCAUAUUAAAUACGUGAUAUAUAACACAGACGGUGAUACAGAGCUCUCAUUAUCAAGUAUCAAAGAAAUGAAGAAAAGCCACAGUCACCUGACACUUUUGAGCUAUGAUGAACUCAUAGAUUUGGGACAUUUACAUCCCGUCAAAGCUGUGCCACCCAGGGCAGAAGAUCUGUGUUGCAUUAUGUACACAUCCGGAUCAAGUGGUACACCAAAAGGGGUCUCGCUGAAGCAUAAGAACGUUGUGGCUGCCAUCGCUGGAGCAAAUAGUAUUGUCGGCGACUAUCUAGGACCCUCAGAUACGUUGCUAGCAUACCUUCCCCUCGCCCACAUCUUCGAAUUCGUAUUUGAAAACGCAUGUCUCUACUGGGGUGUCCUAAUGGGUUAUGGCCAUCCCCGAACUCUAUCCGAAACCUCCAUGAAAAACUGCAAAGGUGAUAUUCUCGAACUAAAACCUACGCUUCUAGUGGGUGUACCAUCCGUUUGGGAGACCGUCAAAAAAGGUGUAAUUGCCAAUGUGAACAAAGGUGGCCCAGUUGUCCGUAGCUUGUUCUGGAGUGCUUUCUACUCGAAACGAUUGCUCUCCUCAAGCGGCCUACCCGGUGCCAGUAUUUUGGAUACCGUCGUAUUCAAUAAAGUCAAACAAGCGACUGGUGGACGGUUGAGAUUUUGUAUGAAUGGUGCUGGUCCCAUAUCUCAACAAACCCAAGAAUUUAUCUCUCACACCAUCACACCCAUGAUAUCGGGAUAUGGAUCCACAGAGACUACCGCGAUGGGCGCAAUAUGCGACCCCCUGUCCUUCAACCUUCAAGCCGGUGACAUUCCCGCCUGUAUCGAGAUUAAACUCGUUGACUUUCCCGACGCGGGAUACUUCGCUACUAACACUCCUCCGCAAGGAGAAAUCUGGAUUCGAGGGCCUAGCGUCAUGUCCGAAUACUAUAAUAAUGUUGUCGAGACAGCCGAAGCGCUUACCUGGGAUGGAUGGUUCAAAACUGGGGAUAUCGGGGAGUGGGAUAAGAAUGGACAUCUGAAGAUCAUUGACCGCAAAAAGAACUUAGUCAAAACGAUGAACGGAGAGUACAUUGCUUUGGAGAAGUUAUAUACGGUGCACACCCUUCACGCAUAUGUAUUUGGUAUGCUAAUUUCACAACAGUUAGAAUCAGUCUAUCGAUCUGCGACUGUAGUAGCGAAUAUAUGCAUCUACGCCUCGAUCUCUGAAACUCACCCUAUCGCAAUUGUCGUUCCUGCCGAGCCAGCACUCAAAAAGCUCGCCGAGUCAAUCGGUAUAGAAGGUCAUGGCAUCGGUGAUUUAGUGCACAAAGAAUCGAUUAAUCACGAAGUAUUGAAGCAAAUGCAAACAGUAGGCAAAAGAGCAGGGCUAGCUGGUCUGGAAAUUAUCAAGGGUAAAUUAGUAACAGCGACCAUGAAACUCAAUCGAAAAGCAAUUUUCGAGAGAUACGAGAAGAAUAUCAAUAUAGCGUAUGGGAAAUAAAUGCUCUCGGUUGAAGCGAUGAGAGGUGAAGAUUAGAAUCUGGAAUGACAAGAGAUGGAAAGAAACACGAGAAUGAGGAGUUGUAUUUGUAAUUUUUGGUAUCAUGUUUGAGCGCUUUAGUAUGGUUUGCUUCUAGGUCUAUCUAUUGAGUUUUCA